AUGUGGCGCGGUGGUGUGCGGGCUGCAGGCUGGUGGGCGCGGGAGGCUGUUUGGAACUGGUCCGACGCACGCGCGGGGCAGAGUCUCGCGGCGGCCGGCAGCGACGCGCCACUGGCCACGGCUCGUCAGUCGCCACUCAGUGCACGCGCUGCCUCGCCGCCGCUAGUCUGCGUGUCUAGUACGCUCAUCGACGAUCGUACUUCAUUGUCGACGUAUCGGACGCACACGCGACAUACACGCUAA